AUCCUGCCCGAGUUCCCUGCACCUACCCUGUCCCAUUGUUUAUGCGCUGCUACACCACCUGCACAAGAACACACGGUGUAGCAUCGCUAUUUAGACUCUAAUUAGAGCAUACAGUGUAGACUGUAUAUAAAAUGUCCUGGGUACGUCAGAAGGUUUCCGUUUCCUCACGUUUCGGCGAGGCUAUCUGGAUGGACUCAGCAGUCUUAAAAACCCGUGACCCCUUCCUUUGACACAGACAUUCUUCAGCUUUGACGUUAACUAAAAGUGAAAAGGACGUUUGUCAGAGUUGUGCAGUCGUAGAAAUCAAGACAGACUGUAUUUACAGCUCUUCUCCGGCCAUGGACGAUUCUGCUCCAGCCACAAAGGGAGCGAACGGAGCCUCGACAGCAUGUGAAGUGGUUCCCUCCGUUCAGAGCUCCGGGGAGUGUGGCUUUAUCCCGCUGGAAUACCGGAAUGAGAUAGUACAACUUGUUAAACUAGCGGGGCCAGUGGUCAUUUCCCAGUUGAUGGUGUUUAUGAUCAGUUUCGUCAGCACAGUGUUCUGUGGUCACCUGGGGAAAACUGAACUUGCAGGAGUAUCAUUAUCAAUUGCGGUGGUUAAUGUGACUGGUAUUUCCAUUGGAACUGGUUUAUCGUUAACCUGUGAUACCCUCAUAUCUCAGACGUAUGGGAGCGGUAACUUGAAGCGUGUGGGUGUGAUUCUCCAGAGAGGGGUUCUGAUUCUGCUGAUGGCCUGUUUCCCCUGCUGGGCUGUCUCAUCAACACUGGAGCCUCUCUUACUUGCUGUCAAACAGAGCCCAGAGGUUGCCAGUCUCUCCCAGCUGUACGUGAAGAUCUUCAUGCCUGCUCUGCCGGCAGCUUUUAUGUACCAGCUGCAAGGGCGGUAUCUUCAAAAUCAGGGAAUUAUAUGGCCUCAGGUUAUAACUGGAGCAAUUGCAAAUGUCCUUAAUGCAAUCAUCAACUACAUCUUCCUCUUUCGUCUGGAUUUGGGGGUUGCAGGAUCUGCAGCAGCCAAUGCUAUCUCUCAGUAUUUGCUGGCUGUGGUCUUGUAUGUUUACAUCAGCUGGAGAGGUCUGCAUAAGGCCACAUGGGGAGGUUGGUCACUUGACUGUCUGCAGGAGUGGGGACCCUUCGUCCAGUUGGCCAUUCCCAGUAUGCUCAUGCUUUGUCUGGAGUGGUGGAUGUUUGAGGUGGGAGGAUUCCUGGCAGGUGUUAUUAGUGAGACUGAGCUGGGAGCUCAGUCGAUAACAUAUGAGCUGGCUGUUGUAGCUUACAUGUUCCCACUGGGAUUCUCUGCUGCUGCCAGUGUACGGGUUGGGAAUGCUCUUGGUGCAGGAAACAUAGAGCAGGCCAAAUUAUCAUGCAAAGUCCCUGUCAUCUGUGCAUUCAUAAUUGCAUGUUUUGUUGGAGCUAGUCUCAGCAUCGCCAAAGAUGUCAUUGGAUACAUUUUCACCACGGAGCAAGAUAUUUUACAGAGGGUGGCUGAUGUCAUGUUUAUAUUUGGUUUCAUGCAUCUUGCUGAUGCUGUUGCGGGUGUGGUUGGAGGUGUUCUGAGAGGAGCAGGAAAACAGCUGGUUGGUGCUCUGUGUAACCUGGUAGGAUACUACUUCAUUGGUUUCCCCAUUGGUGUGUCACUGAUGUUUGCAGCAAACAUGGGGAUUGUGGGACUAUGGACAGGACUUACCAUUUGUGUGCUAAUGCAGUCAAUUUUCUUCAUCGCAUUUCUGUAUAAACUGGAUUGGAAGAAAGCUGCUCAGGAGGCUCUUGUGAGAGCAGGAGUCCAAAUCAAAGAAGAAAAAGAGAUGGUCAGGAUGGAAAAUACAGACCCCAAUCACAACCAGGCCCAGGUCAGUACCACUACAUCCAGCUGUGAGAGUGCUGAGGAGGAUCACACAUACCAGGAGGUACAUGGUCCAAACCAGGAUAAAUCCACCACUACUACAGUUGGAGAUGUUCUCUCAGUAACACAACUGGUUUUACGGCGAGGAUCGGCAUUGCUGGUUAUGGUCGUCAUCCUCGUCGCUGGAAUCUUCGCCAGCAACUUCUUCAUCAGACUGUUGAAAUAAGUCGUCUAAUGAUGCAAAUCUGCCAAUCAGACUGAUCUGUCAAAUCUGUCCAACCUUUGAUAGCCAAUCAGCUAUCAAAAGUUGUCACAUUUGAUACUAUAAAGUUCCACUGAACAGUAUUGUUGUGUUAACACUGAAUGCCCUUGUAGUAGGAAAGGGUUACUUGUGCUGCUGAUCCAACUGAGGAUCAACACCUCAGUCUACAGCUUUGGUGCAGCCAUCAGCCCUCUCAUACUGUAGGUAAGUGGGCAGCCACUCAGUGACAGCAAGCAGAUUUAAACAAGGUGACAAGUCGAACAAGUAGGAAGUCAGAGGGACCCAGAUAUGUUUUAGGAGUUAGCAGACCAAACCAGUACUGAAAUGCAAAUGAUUGAACUUGGGAGUAUUGGGACACUCAUGUUGUACUGUCUGUUAAAUGUAUGAGUAACAUCAGGCAGGUUUUUGUUAUCAAGAUAGCCAUAACAAAAGCCAAUGUAGAACUUAAUGCCAGUGCUUUUGUACUGUGAUUUUUUUAGAGGUAAAAAAAAUGUAAGGAACCUUCGGCCAUGCUGUUUGCCUCAGUGUUCAAACAUUAUGUCUGAAUGACCACAACAAGCACUAAGAAUAAAGUGCAGACGUUUUUACAUAUUUCAUAUAGUGCAUGCUAAAGUUAAGUAGCUCAGUUAGAAUUCCAAAAUGUUUUUAAUUGCAUAGAAACAAUUUUGAGAUGUUUACAUUUUGUUCCAUCAGUUCAAGUGGAUAUAAAUGUAAGUGUAUUUUUCAGUUAUAAUAAUAGGAAUAAAUAGUGACAUCAAAUGCUCCACAGCGGGACAACUGAGAGACUUCUGUCAUCAAACCGUUGUCAUUGCAAGACCAAAACACUACUGUGAUAUUUAUUUUAACCUUAGUGGCCUUUGUGGCUACUGUUGCAUUGCAUAUGUAGAUGAUUGUCUUCCUCUUCCUGAAUCAAUCCGUGGUAUUUAGUAUGCACAGGAAUUGCAUUUAGUGAUCUCUAAAUGUUUUUAUUUCAGCAAUACAUCCACCACUUAGAAGAAAAAAAUAAAUGAAGUUGCCAAAUAGCAAAGACAGUGAUCAAAGUGAAAUUCAGCAAUACCAAAAAAGUUAUGUAAGCAAUACACUGACCGAAUAUAAAUAAAUAGAAUGAUUAAUAUAA